UAUAUUUUGAAUUUAAUAUUGCGAUGAAAAAUAAAAUCGCAUAAUGUGGCAUAAAUAAUUAAUUCUAUAUCAAAUGGCAAUAUAUUAGUGUAUAGAAACAAAAAAUACACACAUCCUUGACGUCGCGAGAGCUGAGUACUACCUACUGUUAUUGUCGGUAUGCAUACCGAGUCGUUAUUGGAAUACGUACUGGUGAAUUUCCGAUGGGUUUUCGUGGUUUUUUUUCUAUUGCCCUGUACCGUGCUGGGAAAAAUAUGGACCAUCUUCGAACAGAGCACGUGGUCGCGUCGUUCCGGACUUGACCACGCGAAGAACGUCAGACGCAUCCAAUACGCGGUGAGACGAUUUUUUCAUAUUCGACCAAUAAAUAAGCAAAUAAUUAAUUGUUUUUUGAACUAUUAAAAAAAAAAAAAAUAUUUUUUGUUUUUAAAUUCUGAGCAUAGUGAGGAAUAUAUUUAUUUUACUAUGAGGUAUUUUUUUUUCUAUUUGUGAACAAAUUAUCUACAAAAAAUCUUUGCUCCCAAGUAUCAAGUGUAACACUUAGGUUUUUUGUUGUUAUUCGGUUAAACAUUAUUUUUACAAAAUACUUUUAUUGAUCUUUUGUAGACUUGUAGACGUGAUAAAAUUUUCAAAACAUUUUAGCUAUAUUUAGACUAUUUAUAAGUAUUUAAUAUGUUCGUGUUUAUAUAUGUAUUUUUAUUUGAUAGAUGUCUAUUGUAGAAAUUAUAUGACUUGUCCAAAAGUAUUAAAAUUUUAACACAAGGUUCCUUACUUAGUAAUCUAAAGAUAAAUUUGGUUAAUGCUUAGAGUUUUAUAUAUAUGAGCAUUCUAACUGUUUAAAGAGACUGAAAAAAACUGUCAUAAGAUCAAAUUUUGACGAAAUCGAAAAAAUUACGGCAUUUCAAAAUAUGUCUUACCGAAAUUCGCACCGAAUCGUUUUUUGUUAACAAUGGUUUAUCUUUGCGUAUACAAAUAUAAAUUAAAUAAUCUUAUAUAUCCUCACUUCUCAACUUCCCACCUACAACAGUGGCUGCACCCAUCCCCUGUAUCAGCUCAUUUUUUGUUAUUUUUUUGCAGAUUCGACGGAGAAAUAAACAUGCGAACGAUCGACUAAUGUGCACGGCCAGACCCAGCUGGAGAAGUAUGACUAUAGCCAACAUGGCUUACAAGACAUAUAUGUUCAACGUGAACGUUCAUCUAGAUGGAAUAAUUUCGAUCGAUGCUCAAACUCGGGUAUGAAGCGACGGAUUCGCUAAUUUUACUAUAUCAUUUUGUAUUUUAUGAACAACCUGUAUAUUAUUUUUGUAUAAGUUUAAUAAUUUUGCUUGAGAAAUAUAUCACGUUUAUUUGUUCGCAGACGGUCAGAGUGGAACCGGGUAUUACGAUGGGCCGAUUGAUUCCGAUCUUAAUCCAAGAAGGGUGGACAAUACCCGUAGCGUUGGAUAUGAAAGACUUGACAGUCGGUAAUCGCAUUUAGCAUAUUGAUAACAAUUACCAGACUGCAGUAGUAAUAAACGUGUUUCGGCGAUGUAGUUUUGAACAACUCGGUUACUAAUUUAGCGAAUAAAUUGUUUUGACGAUAUUUUUUUACAACUGAAUGCACAUUUUGACAACCGGUUUGUCGGAAUCAGCAUAUAGUUAAGAACUUCGUUUACUCUCUUCGGUUACUAAUUAUCCAUUGCCGGAAAAAUACUUUACAGUAAACAAAACGUUUUGGCGAUAUUUCAACCAAGUAAAAAAUAAAAGCAAAUUUUUAACCAAAAACCAAACCACACCUAAUGAUUUGAAUGUCCUGUAAUAAAAAUCUCUGCACAUUUGUCUACCUCUCUGACUCCAAUAUAUAUAUAUAAGGUUCAUUUAAUUAUUUUACUAUAAUAUUUCAUAUAUAUAUUGUUGACUGUAUACAUCACUAUAUACUGAUUUCCGCUCAGAAUCGUUUUUUUGUAAGCAAUGUUUCAUCGUUGCUUACAGAUAUACAUUAAAUUCUCGUCUGUAUCCUACCUUCCCAACUUCCUACCUACACCAGUGGCUGUACCCAUCCCCAUUGUCUUACCUUUCUUUUUUUAAAUUUAAACUUUAGAAAAAAGACUAAAUUGGUUACAGAUAGGAGACUAUAAAAUUAAUGCCAAAUAGAUAGAAAACGUACAGAGAUUUCGGUUAAAGAACAUAGAAAUUAUUACUAGGUACCAACUGUUUUAUAUUAUAAUGUGUGAUAUUAUUUUUUUUGAAAUAUAAAUAGGCGGUCUUAUUAUGGGCACCGGACUUGAAUCGUCGUCGCAUAAAUUCGGAUUAUUUCACGAGACGUGCACGCGUUAUGAACUGAUUACGGCCAACGGCGAUUUGAUUAAAUGUUCAAAGGUUUUUAAUGAUUUACUUUAUAAGAUAUUAAAGUUGUAAAAUAUUUAUUUAUUGUUAUAUUGUGCAGACGGUAAACCCUGGCGUUUUCGAAUCCGUACCGUUAUCGUACGGUACACUUGGGUUUUUAACAGCCGUGGACAUUCGAAUGAUACCAGCAAAAAAGUACUUGUAUUUACUCAAUCUCUAAUCGAACAACUGUAUUAACUUGUCGAUCCAACGAUAUUAUAUUUUAUGUUUAAAUUAUCUUUUUAGAUUUGUAAAACUCAAGUACACACCGAUUCGUACGUUGGACAAAAUCGAAUCCAAACUCAUAACGGCGACUCACGAUUUGGAAAAUAACGAUUUCGUUGAGCUAUUGAUAUUCAACAAAGACGAAGGCGUUUUGAUGACUGGGAAAAUGACCAACGACGAUAACUCAACGGUAACAAUAAUAUACAACAACAUACAUAUUAUAAUACUAUACGUUCAAUAAUUAUUCGUAAUCGUAAUGUUAACCGGAUUUUACUUAUAUUGUAUUUAGAAUCACGUGAAUCAGAUCGGUCGAUAUUUUAAACCGUGGUUUUUCAAACAUGUCGAAUCGUUGUUGAUAAAGUGGAAAUGUUCAGUAGAACACAUUCCUUUAGAAGAUUACUACUUUAGACACAAUAAAUCUUUGUUUUGGGAAAUUCAAGUAGGUACCUACUCAACAAUAUACUGUUGUAAUAACAGCACAAUUUAUUAAUCCAGUAAUAGUAAUAACUAUCUUAAUUCAAUAUUUUGUACCUAUACCUAUGUAAAUCAAGGACAUAAUACCUUUUGGAAAUCAUCCGAUUUUCCGUUAUCUGUUGGGAUGGUUAAUGCCGGCAAAAGUGGCUUUACUGAAAUUGACGCAAACCGAUGCCAUAAAACAGUUGUACGCCAAACACCAUUUCAUAGAUGACUUUAUCCUACCGAUUUCCGCUUUAAAAAAAUCGGUUGAACAUUUUCACAACAACGUUAACGUAACUAAACCGACGAAAAACACUUUAUCUAUUUACGAGAGUUAAUUAAUAUAUGGUUAAAAUAACAUAACAACUGUUUAGAUCUACCCAAUUUGGGUAUGUCCAACUGUUUUACGUCCGGGCAACGGUCUAAUGUGUUCACGCGAUACGAUAGCCGAAAUGUACGUCGAUAUCGGUUUGUACGGAGAGCCAAAGGUUUCCGAUUAUAAUUCGACAAUAGCCAGGAAUUUAGAAUUGUUCGUACUCGAAUCAAAAGGGUAAAAACAUUCAAAUAUAAUGUUAUAUACUACGACGUUGUAUUCAAAGUUAAAUAUAAUUGACAAUCUAACAAUUAUUAUAUUUUUUUAAAUGUAUAGUUUUAAAAUGUUGUACGGCGGUACGUGUUUGAAUCCCGACGAAUUCAAGAAGAUGUUUGAUCAUAAAUUAUAUGAGCAAAUACGAAAUCGUCUUAAAUGCGAAUCGAACUUUCCCGAAGUAUACGAAAAAGUAAAUAGAAAAGUUAGGAUAUAAUAGCUUUUAUUACUGUGGUAUCUGUGUAUUUCUGAAUGUAAUAUAACAUUUUAUAUGCAAUUAUAAUAAGUGUUUUAGUACAAUAAUGCGCAUUAAAUACGUAUACCUAAUUGUAUUUUUACCUAUCUACCUAAAUAUUAAAUUUAAAGUGAAUUUGUUUGUUGAAAACUAUAAUUAUAUUCACGAUCAAUUUGUCCAUUAUAUAUUUUCAUAAAAAUGUAAAUUUAAUUAUUUCAAAAUGGCCCAAAGUUUGCACGAUCAAAUACACACAUUUGCAUAGUAAUUCGGUAUAUGUUGUUCGGUAAAAUAUACCUAUCAUACUUAGAAUAUUAUUAAGAAAAACCAUGGCCGUAGCAAUCAUACAUUACGCCCGGUGCGAAACUUCAAAAUGCGCCAGUAUGAUCUAUAAAUUCUAAUGAUAACUCAAAGUUAAAAAUGUUCAGA